AAGGCACUCAGUUGUGCCACACAUAAUUCUGAACACUGCCUUCUUCCAGCACUCAAGUGAGCUAUAAGAAGAGGACCUAAACUGUAUAAUUGCUUAUCCAAAUCUCAACCUAUAAUUACUAUAUAUCUAUAUUAAAAGGAGACUUUUGGAAUUUAGUAAUUUUUGUUGCAAUUUUUACAUUUCACGGUGUAAACAUGGAUUAUGGCGUCUCGACAGGACUCGAGUAGUGACCAAAAAGAACCCGAAUUUCCUCAAUCGGUUCUGUCAUUGCGGUCAAAAUUUGAAUCUCUUAGCUCCAAUGAUGUUACGAACACCAGUACAAAUACCCCAUUAAGAAAGCAUCUGAAUCAUCAAGAACAGAAUACCAAUAAUUCAGAAAAUACUCGUCAUAAAAACCAAGGAAUACAAAUUCCCUCUUCAAUUCCUUCUUUAGACACUAGAUCCACUCAGGAAGAAAAGUUAAGUGUGUCCAAUUCAUUACCAGAAUUUGAAAGAAAUGAAGGCUCGAAUGACAAGCUAAAAAACAAAGCUAGCUUUGAAGCUUUACGAAAAGGAUUUUCUGAAAAGCAAGAAAAAUCUUCGGAUACGGAUGCUGUUGUGCCGUCAUCACCUACUGCAUCCAACUCUUUUAUUUCGGUUUCUCCUUUGCCGCAAAAACCUUCACGCUCUUUUGGUUCACGAGAUUACAAUGAUUUAACGACACUUCCUAGACCUAAUUAUGCCACGAAACCAAAAAAUAUUUCGGAAAAAAUCUCAUCAUUAGCACGAUCAAAUUCGGAACUAAAACCAAGCCAUACUGAAGAAAAGUCUUCGAACGAAAAAAAUGAAACGGAAGAUGAUCCAGAAUCUGAAUCUGGAUCUGAGUUAUCCUCGAUAAUCUCGUCUGAGCAGGAAGACGAACCUGUACGUGAAAAAGUUUCCUCUCAAAAAUUUCCCGAACAACAAGAUAACCCAUUUUCAAAUGACUCUGAAGCUUUAGAUUCCUCUUCAAUUCCCGUUUCUGUUCCACUAAGGGUACAAGGUCAACAAACCGAUGUUCAACCUCCCGUUCCUUCUCCUAGACCCCCUAAGUCUGUCGCCGCAGAAGCUGUACAGCAAUCACGUAUUGCAAUGGCUCAUCAUCUUCCAAGUCGAACUCCUCAGCGGCCACCAAGACCCCCUGCUCGGAAGUCGUCUCAUAAUGUUUGUACAUCGACUUCAAAUGAACUUUCGAGUGGUUUGCCAAGCAGAAGAAUUUCUUCAGUGUCAUCACCAGUUUCAAACAACAGCUUUUCUGCCUCUGAGCCUAUAUUAUCCGCUGAAAAACCCAAGUUACCUCCGCGUCCCAGCCAAAUGGCGCCGGACAUAUCCCUAAACAAUCUGGCAAAUGAAACUGUGUCUGCGUCUCCUCCUCCCUUUCUUGUAUCUCCUCAACUUGGAAGAUCGUUAUCAUCUGGCCGAAGGCCUACCUCUUCCUCUGCUCUUAGUGACGUUCAUGACACUUCUAUGUCUUCUGGCUCUCCAUCUACUUCUCAAUCAGAUACAAUUUUGAAAGGUAGUUUACCUGAUGUAUCGUGCGUCCGUAGAAACCAACCUACUUUUAUGAACGGAGCUAAUUCAAUAAAUUUGGAUUUUGAAGCUCGUGUUUUCGUUGUAAGUGGGGAAUGCCUUGUUGUAGCUGGCAAUGGCGCGUUCCGCGUUUACGAUUCUAUUACGGGACUAUGCAAUUGGCAUGUGCCUUUGGGAGACGUAAAAGUAACUGCAAUGUCUUUCAAACCUUCUGGCGAUAAGGUAGCCGAUGAUGGGAGAUUUGUUUGGAUUGGUACUCGAGAUGGUGUUCUUUGGGAGAUGGAUAUUAUCAAUCACCAUAUAGUGAACAAAAGAAGUACUCCCCAUACGGCAAUUUCUCAUAUCCUGACACGUAGGAAUGAAGUUUGGACUCUUGAUGAAUCAGGUCGACUUUUUGUUUGGAAAGAAGAUAAGAUAAUGGGGUUAAGUGUGCAAUCAGACCCGAAGUCUGUCCGUAUUGUUCCCCAUGCUUCACAUGCCAUGGUAGUAGACGAUAGCUUGUUAUGGGUUGUAGUUGGCAAAUCUAUAUAUGUGUAUGACCCUGAUAAUAGUGAACGUCCGUCUGUUCUUCCAAAACCAUUGACACCUCCAGGACUUAUUGGCGAUAUAUCUUGCGGUACAGCUAUACCUAACUUUCCUGACCUCGUUUUCUACGGCCAUGUUGAUGGUAAAAUUUCGAUAUAUUCAAAAACGCAAUAUCGGUUUGUAGAGCUUGUAACGAGUAGUUCAUUUUAUCGUAUAAGUUCUUUGGUUGGUGUCAGUAAUACUAUUUGGGCAGCUUAUACUACUGGAAUGAUUUACGUUUUUGAUGCUUCUUCCAGCCCUUGGCGGUUACUGAAAACAUGGCAUGCUCAUAAAGUUAGUCAAAGUGGUGCCAACACUGUUUUAGGCAUAGAUAUUAACAGCAUCUGGAAGGCUAAACGGUUGCAGGUUGUCAGUCUUUGUUCUCCAGUUGUGAAAUUUUGGGAUGGAUUAAUGAUGGGCGAUUGGUUAUCUACUGAAAUGAGAAAAUUUUUUCCGAAAUAUAGCUCUUUUGAUGAUAUCGGUGCGUUAGUCUGUUCCUGGAAUGCUGGCGCUUCCAAACCGUCGGAUUUCAAAAGCCAGGAUGCUGGAUCUGAUUUCAUAAAGGCCUUACUGAAAGAAAAUGGAUACCCAGACAUAGUGGUAUUUGGCUUUCAAGAACUGGUAGAUCUUGAAAAUAAAAAGUUGACCGCCAAAAGUUUGCUUUCAUCCAGUACUAAAAAUAAUGCUUCAAAUAGUGACAACAUUUCUAGGCAAUACCGUUUAUGGCGUGAAAGGCUAGAAUCUGAAAUGGCUCGAAGUGAUCCAAAGAGUGAGUAUCAGGUUUUGGUAUGUGAAAAUCUGGUCGGCCUUUUUUCUUGCGUUUUUGUUAAAAGUGCGCUAAAAAAUAAAAUACGAAUGUUACAAACCACCACUGUCAAAACUGGAUUGGGUGGUUUACACGGGAAUAAAGGUGCUAUUGUCAUUCGUUUUCUGAUUGAUGAUACUUCAUUUUGCAUUGUGAACUGUCAUUUAGCUGCUGGACAGACCAGUAAGGCAGCGAGAAAUAAUGAUCUAGCAACGAUUUUAGACUCUGCGGCACUGACUCCAGACAGCAAUGAAAUGGAUCGGUUGAACAGCUUUGAAGCAGGUGGUGACGGUUCUCAAAUAUUAGAUCAUGAAGUUUGUAUUUUACAUGGGGACCUCAAUUAUCGAAUCAAUCUUUUAAGACCGAAAGUCAACGAUUUACUAAAGAAAAAGGAUUUAAAAACGCUUUUGGAAAGUGAUCAAUUAACACAAGAAAGGAAACGCAACGCAGGUUUUAGGUUACGAACUUUUAGUGAGCCUGAAAUAGCUUUCGCGCCCACAUAUAAAUAUGAUGUUAAUAGUGAUAGAUAUGAUUCUAGUGAAAAGAAGAGGGUUCCAGCUUGGUGUGAUCGUAUCUGCUUUCGAGGUGACACGGAUUAUGUGUAUGCUGAGAACUAUAGGCGACAUGAGGUUCGCGCAUCUGACCAUCGUCCAGUGUCAGCAUUACUUCAUGCGAAAGUAAAACUCAUAAAUGCGCAGGAACAAGCUUCAACGUGGGAUAUUAUUAAAAACAAGUGGUUGGGUUAUGCUGAUUCCGUCAAACGGGAAGCCAAGUUACAUUAUCUAACAGUACACACUUCUUUGGAUCGUGAACAAGCUGAGCGUGUGCUAAUAGGGUCUCAAUGGAAUGUUCAAGAUGCCAUACGAAGCAUUUCAUAAUUUUCUAACUCUCGUUAUUAUAUAUACUAUUUUUACAUAUAUUUACUAAUAUGUACUAUGAAUAAAUUAUGCUUUCAAUCAUCUAAGAUACAUUUCGUUACUCGGGUGAAAAAGAGUAACUUGAGUUUCGACGUUUAUCAGUUUCUUCAAGCCAUCGUGAGAAUAGAAGUUGAGCUAUAGGUCCUCGUUUUUUUUUCUUUGGGUUGAGCUUGCUGUCAAACAUAAAGCUUUUCAUUAGACGGGAAGAUGUAUCUUCAUCCAACGAGUCGAACGUAGAACCCAACAACUUCAGAGAGGACCUUUGAUCUGCAGACAAAUUUGGAUCUGAAAGAAUUGUAGAAACUAUAGAGUCAAAGCAUGUAACCGCAAGGUUUCGUGGAUGAGGAUGUUUAAUAAAAUGAGAUGUACCAGUGGAGUUUUCUUUGAUGGUCUGAUUUCUGGGCCUUUUCAAAGUAAGAUCGGCUUCAUUGGGAUGCAAAGAUGAAAAAGUAAAAUCUGAAUUAGACGUCUCGGUUUUCUGCGGUUUUGUUGUCUCGACGGAGAGAUUCUUUUUAGUUUCAUGCGGAGAACUAAUGCGAACCGUUUCUUCAAAGUUCCAACCGUCAUCAAUGGUACUAUUUUUCAGAUGUGUCGUGGAGUUUGGUUGUUUUAUAGUGUUAGUAGUUCCUGGAUCAAGAUCAUCUUCGGAAUUUUGUUCUACUUCAUUAAGGAUUUUGUUUUCCAAAAGUAAGGGUAUCAGAAACUCAACUUUUCCUGAGCCUUUUAUAAACGGAUGGUCUAGAAGAGACGACGAAGAACGACGAGAAGCAGGAUGAAGUUUUAAGCAACGAGACACAAAGUCUCGAAAUUCCAGACUGUAAUUGGAGGAAAGCUUUGGCGGUUCCGAUUGUGGAAUUUCAAAUAUAACACGCAUAGGAUGCAUUGUUGCUCUGGGAGGAGCUGCUUCUGCCAUCUCUAUAGCCGUAAUUCCUAAAGACCAGAUAUCUGCUGCUGUUCCAUAGCUAGUUUGUUGUAUUACUUCUGGGGCCAUCCAAAAAGGGGUCCCUACGAAGGUAUAUCGUCUGGAAGCGGCAUUUGAAAGUUGGGCAGCCACACCAAAGUCAGCAAGUUUAACUUCACCAGUCGUGGAUGACAAGAGUAUAUUUGCAGCUUUUAUGUCCCUGUGAAUUUUAUUUUGAUCGUGUAGAUAAGUUAGACCCUUCAAGGUUUCCCUUAAGAUUAUUGAGAUCGUUUUUUCUUCCAAGCCUUGCUUUUUUAACAGCCCAGAAACAGAACCUCCAUCCAUAUGUUCCAUAAGAAUCCAAAGAACGUGUCCUUGGACGAAGCAUCCGUAAUAUUUAAUAACAUUAGGAUGACUACAAUUUGAAAGCAUAUGAACUUCCUGUUCAAUUUCACUUGUGUCAUCCACAGAGGCUUCCAAAUCAAUCUAUGUUUCAGUUAGAAAUCUCAAAAAUCAAACAAACACGGUAUUCCCCACUAUAUGAGCUUUGUAACGAUUUCCUGGUAAUAUUUAUAGACGAUUUCAUCAAACAUUUUCAACGAAGCAUCCAUACAUCGUAGAAUAUCAUGCCUCAUGAUGAUCCGUUAUGCGAAUUCCAAUAUCUCGACUUACCUGCUUGACUGCUAAAGUAGCACCAGACGAUUUCUCAAUUGCCCUCCAAACGAUACCAAAAGAUCCCGAACCAAUUUUCUCUUUCAGAAUAUACGACUGAGCUGAAAGCGGAAACAUGGCAUUAUUCUUGGGUACAGCGAAAAAAAGCUAGAAAUAGCUAACAAGUAAACUGCGUAUAAUUGAUUUUUUUUAUAAUAAAUAUUUCUCAAAUAAAAUAAUCAUUCCUU